AUGGGGUUUCGUGGCGCGGGGAAGAAUAUGGUUCUGGCUCCUACUACAAUUUGCACCUUUACUCAGAAAAAUGGCCGAACAAGUUCCUUAUGGUGUGGUUGUGAGUAUCAUCAACAGAAAGGCUCAGAGACACUGGAAGCCAUCAAAGCUGUGCUUGUUGAUGCAGAGCGAAAACAGCAGAACGACCAGCUCAUCAAGCUAUGGAUAAGGAGGCUCAAACAAGUUCUUCUCAACGCAGAUGACUUGCUUGAUGAUUUACAAACUGAACAUUUGCUUCGCAAAAGAGAUGGCAAAAGAAAGGUACGUGACUAUUUCUCAUCCUCAAAUCCAAUUGCCUUCCGCCUAAAAAUUGCUCGCAAGAUAAAAAAGAUCAGAGAGCGAUUUAAUGCAGUUGCAGAAGAUGUUUCUAAGUUGAAUUUGCAUUCAAGAGUUUUAGUAAUGAGGCAGAAUGAGAGUAACUGGAGGGAAACUAGUUCUAAGAAUGAAGAGUAUAUCAUUGGUAGGGAUCAAAGCAAGAAGGAGAUCAUUGAUUUACUGCUAAACAUUGAUAGCAAUCAAAGUGUUUCCGUGAUUGCCAUUGUUGGGAUGGGCGGCUUAGGUAAGACAGCUCUUGCCCAGCUGGUGUAUAAUAAUGCUGAAGUGAACAAAUUUUUCAAUAAGCAAAUGUGGGUGUGUGCUUCUGAAGAGUUCCAUGUGAAAGCACUGGUUAAAAAAAUAUUAGAAUCAUCAAUUGGUAGAGAUGUAAAUGACCAACAAUUACAAUUGCUUCAAAAUAAACUUGAAGAGAAUUUAAAUGGCCAAAGAUAUUUGCUAGUCCUCGAUGACGUUUGGAAUGAAGAUCAGGAAAAGUGGUUACAUUUGAAAAAGUAUUUGAUGUGUGGUGUUGAAGGUAGUAAGAUUUUAGUGACUACCCGUAAUCAAAUGGUAGCAAGAUGCAUGGGUGCAGAAAACCCAUAUGUUUUGAAAAGUCUAACAAAUGAUAUGUCUUGGGUUUUGUUAAAAACUUUAACAAUUGGACAAGAAGGAGUAAUGAACCAAAACCUUGAGCCUAUUGGCCAAAAAAUUGUAGAGAAAUGUGGAGGAGUACCGUUAGCAAUAAGAGCUAUGGGAAGUAUGCUAAAAUCCAAAAUGGAGGAAAACAACUGGGAAUCUAUAUUGGAUGAUGACUUUUGGAAGCUAUAUGAAAGUAAUAAUUCAAUCAUGCCUGUAUUAAAACUAAGCUAUGAUCAACUGUCUUUUGAAUUAAGACAGUGCUUUGCUUAUUGUUCCUUAUAUGCAAAAAAUUGGAGAUAUGAUAAGGAUGACUUGAUUGAAUUAUGGAUGGCACAGGGCUUUCUUGAUAGUCAAAAUGAAAAACAGUGUUUAGAAGAUGUUGGCGAACAAUAUGUUUGUGUUUUGUUGAUGAGGUCAUUUCUUCAAGAUGUUGAGAUGAACGAAUUUGGUGAAAUAAAGUACUUUAAAAUACACAAUUUGGUACAUGACCUCUUGCAAUCUGUUGCAAGCUCUGAUUAUCAGUUAUAUAAUGAGAGGAGAAAAAUGGUUGCAACUCCUAUGCAUGUUUCCUUUGACUGUGAUUCCAACUGUUUGUUAGAUUUGUUGAAUGCAAAUAGAUUGAGAACUAUCCUUGGAAUACAAAGACUACUGGAGAUCAAUCCCUCUAGUUUGUUAGACUUCAAAUGCUUGCGGAGUCUAAACCUAUCAGAUAGUCUAAACAUCAAAGAUUUGCCUAACUCAAUAGGUAAAAUGAAGCAUUUAAGAUACCUUAAUCUCUCUCAUUGUGAGAAUUUAACUAGCUUGCCCAACAGUGUAAGCAACCUAGUCAAUUUGCAAACUCUGAAACUAAUGGGAUGUUAUGCUCUUAGAUUUUCCAUAGAUUGUGUCCCAAAGUUGGUCAACUUACGUCAUCUUCGUAUUAAUAACUGUAAGGCCUUUGAAUGUGGAAUGCCAAUUGGGCUGGAGAAAUUAAAUGCCCUGCAAAGUUUAUCAGAUUUCAGAGUGGGCAAUGAUACUGAUAAGGAGAGAAAAUAUGCAAAACUGAAUGAACUGAAAGAAUUCAAUCUUAAAGAUGAAUUAUCUAUUGAGAAUCUCAACUUAGUAAGGGAAGUUGAAGAAGAGUUUAAGGAUGUUAAUUUGAAAGCAAAGAAGAACCUUAAGUCUCUGAGACUUGAUUAG